AUGUGGGCGGGAGGGCUGGCGGUCACGCUAGGCCCCGUUGGGGCUAGCGCGCAGUCUCCGCGCAAGAAAUCGCUUUUCAUGCAAAGAUCGGAAGACACUCGAUCCUCUCUUACAGCUGCUGCUGCUGCCGCGUCGUGCUAUUCCCCUCAACCUUGGAUCUUUCCUGGACCGAUGGCGUCUCUCCUACAGGCCCGUCCCGUCUGCUCGGCCGUUCGCAAGCAGUCGACGGUUCUACCUACCUAUCUUCAAAAUGCUUCGCAAUCCAUUGCUUCUACGUCAAGGACAUGUAGCUCAUUCUCUACACCAUUUUCAUCCUCUAGAUUGAUCAAUUCUCAACAUUCCCUCCGGUCCCUCCAACGCUUCAAUCCCCGCUCCGCCCCUACACAGCAAUGCCGGACCUUCCUGGUACAAUUAAAACGCCAGUCCCAGACCCUGAAAGAGAACACCCCUUCGACAACUACUCCCCUCCCAUCAUCAGCCAACUUGCAACUCACAAAUCUUCCUUAUUUCAUUCGUCGCACUGCCUCGAACCAACUUCCAGUUUACCUGGUCACCAAGGCCGGCGGUACCAAGCAGCAGACCAAGAUACAGAAGACCGAAGGUGACCUGGAUGCUUUAAGGAACGACCUUGCACAGUAUCUGGGCCUUGAAUCCGGCGAGCCUCGCUCUCCCAAGAGUUCAGACAUCACAAUCAACCGUCUUAAUGGACACAUCAUUGUCAAGGGCUGGCGAAAGCCUGAGAUUCAGAAAUUCCUUUUGGAGCGUAAUUUUUAG